AAUAAUUCAGGUACAUGCACUGCCUAGGGAAAAUAAAAAUGGCAGGCCUGGACGAAGUUCUGCGAAGUUUUGCGCUUCAAAAAAUGCAAGAACUUAAGGAAAAACAACGGGAUGAGGAUACAGAGGACACAAAACCUGCCUUGGAUGAAUGCAAUGAAAGGCAGCAGUCAUCAGAUGCAACAUCGAAUUCCAAUGGUAAAGAUGAACACAAUUCUGCAAAUAAAGAAGUUAAAGCAGAAAUGGGAAAUGACGCCAUACAGAAGACAACAAAAACUUCCCCAGAGCAGCUCAAAAGUGAGAUUGAUGAAAACAUGAAGGAGGAAUCAAAGCCUAUGCAAAUGGAAACUUCCAGUAGCAAAGAUGGUAAAGAUAAGAAGAUUACUAUCAAGCUUCUCACAAAGAAAAUUGAACCUGAGGCAACGAUGCACAGGGAUGCAGAGGAAGAGGUGGCGGAAGAGGAGAUGGACGAUGUGGACAGUAGUACGGACAGUAGUGAUGAUGAAAACGAGGGGGAAGUGAAGGAUGGAAAGCCGUGGAGGAAGGUCUAUGAAGAAGGGGAGCUGUCACCGUCUAGUGAAAGCGAAGAGGAAGCGGACGGGGUGGCAGAAGGGGAGGCGGAAGGGGAGGGGGAAGGGGAGGAAGAAGCAAACGAAGAAGCAAACGUCACAAAGGAGGAUGGGAUGGACUCGGAUACGAGCGGAGAAAUCAAAGAUGAGGAUGCCAAGAAAUCCAAGAAACACAAAAAGCACAAACACAAGAAGCACAAACACAGCAAGGGUGAAACCAAGGAGGAGUCCCCAAAGGAGAAACAUAAACACAAAGACAAAAGCAAGAAGGACAAGAAGAAGGACAAACAGAAGAAAGAGCACAAGAGCAAGGAGAAGGACCCAGACAAAGACAAAAGCAAAGACAAGAAAAAAUCCAAAGAUAAAGCGAGCAAGGGUGAUGAAGUAGACAAAUUAAAGAAGGAAAAUGACUCUGGGAAAGACAAGCACAAGGAGAAGAGUGAGAAGAAAGAAGCCAAAGAAAAGAAACAUAAAAGCAGACACAAAGAGAAAGGCGGCGACUCUAAGGAAGAGAAAACGAAAAGCAGCAGCAAACGGAAACACAGGUCCGGAUCAAGGUCCCGUUCCCAAUCACCAUCCAAAUCCAAAUCCACAUCUCAUCACAAGAAGCGCAAGCGCUCAAAGUCCCGAUCGCGCUCCCCAAAGACUCACAAACACAGCCAGUCAACAAGGUUGAGAUCUAGAGAGGAAGCCUACUAUCGAAGCACGUCCCCUGACAGGUAUUAUUCCAGGCGCUAUGGCGCUGGCUCUGGCUCAAGAUACGUGCAACGGUCGCGCUCGAGAUCGCCACGCUCAGAUGAUGAGUUUAAAAUCGACAAGGCUAAGCUGCUGGAGAUUGCCAAGGCUAACGCCUACGCUAAGAUGCAAUCUGGGGAAUUCCCACCGUACAUGAAGCUGACACCAAAAAGUGUGGUAACCAAAGUGGACCCAAAGGAGAGGAGGAGUGUAGAGGAACUAACAGCCGUCUGCAAGGAGAUAGCAAGCAAGCAGCAGGACGACUCUGACUCUGAUGACUCUCCCAUCAAUAAACCUGUGGGAUCUGAUGAUGAGACUGAUGAACCGUUCAUUAGGCAUCCCUUCAAAGUCAGGGAGGCUCCAUUGGGCAAUGUGGGCAUUGUGAUGAACAUCAGAAAUGCUGUUCAGAAGCCAAUCCAAGACAAGGAGAUGCUUCGGCUAACCUUCCCAGUCUCCAGCGGCUCUCAGCACCGCAAGAAGGAAGACGAGCUGGGCCCCAAGCCUUACGGGGACUGGGUCUCCAUCGAGAAGAAACCUAAGAUGAUGGACCCAGUUGCUAAACCUACCACCAAGAUCAUGCCGACCCCUGGCACCGAGACGCUAACACCAGCAGAAGCAACACCAGGUGUUCCUGGAGUUACCACUGCAGUAACUGCACCUACAGUAACCGAUCCAGCAGCAGCAGCUGUUGCAGCUGCAGCAGCAGCAGCAGCAAUGCCCCCACCCCCUGUCCCACCCCCACCCACCACCGUAGCACCAGCGCCAGCACCAGAGAUCCCUACCCCUACCCCACCCAUGCCCCCACCCACGCCCCCAGCCCCACUCACCUUCGCCGGUAUCAUAUCCCCAGCAGGAGCGCUGCCGACAUCCAGCGCCAUCGCUGCAGCGUCGGCCAUCCCUGCAGCAGUUGCCGCUGCCGAGUAUGCAUCGGUGGCUGCUGCAGCAGCUGUGUCUAAGGCAAUGGCAGUGACGGUGCCGCCUGCGCCCAUCGGAGUUGCAGCAAUGCCUCCAGUUGCACAGAAAGACCAAGCCAAGGAGGACAAAGUGUUUGAAGAAAUUCCUAAUCAGAAGGUUGACAUUGCGGCCAUGGUGUCUGCGAGGCUGAAAGCAGCGAGACGGCUUGAACACAACCCUAACGAUGUGGAAGCACUGUCUGUCAUGCACAAGGCACAGACACAAAUCCGUAACUGGACAAUGGGUAAGCAGAAGCCAGGAAUGUUUACGGGCGACACGGGACUGAGGACGCUACGCCCACAGGAACUAGCCAACACAGACCCCAGAGCACAAGCAUGGGCAAAGAAGAACAUGUUCCGCAACCAGGCACCGAUCACUGGAGGCAACAAGGGGGCCAUGCUCAUGGCCAAGAUGGGCUGGCGGCAGGGGGAAGGGUUGGGCAAGAAUAACGAAGGGGCGCUGGAACCGCUGGCUCUGGACGUCAAAACUGACCGCAAAGGUCUGGUAGCAGAGGAUGAGCAGAGACGCAAGAGGACCGCGGUCCCCAAGACGGUCUUCAAGGACCUGUCAGGCAAGCACCCCGUCUCGGCUCUCAUGGAGAUAUGCAACAAGAGGAAGUGGGCCCCACCGGCAUUUGAUCUGGUGCAGGACAAGGGACCGGCACACAAGAAGAAUUUCAUCUUCAAGGUGCGCAUCAACAAUGAAGAGUACCAGCCAUCCGCCUCAUGCCCCAACAAGAAGCAGGCCAAGGCACAGGCCGCUGCCGUCGCUCUGCAGAAAAUGGGACUCAUUCCACCUGAUCAAGUCAUGUGAUCAAAGCCUUGGCACCUGAUCAGUGCAUGUGAUCAAGGCCCUGUCUUGUACAAUCAUGUGAUCGUUGAUUUAAAUUGAGGCCUUGCAUCAAUUGAUCAAUCCAUUUGAUCAACACUCAAAAUCACACAAUCAUUUCCAUGUCAUAACUGCCUCGUGUCACCUGAUCACUCUACCAAUCACCUGAUAAUACCAUGUGAUCCAUGCCUUGUAUCACGUGAUAACUUGCAUGUAUGCACCUAAUCACUUUUAAAAUACUUGUCAAGGACUCCAAACAGCCGAGUCUACAACCAACAACUUACACCACUUUACUGACACGCGUUGGAGCCCCAUUGCAUCUUAUAGGUCAUGUGACACUCCUGUCACAUGAUAUCACAUGACAAUGUCACAUGAUAACUAGCAUGUACACAACUGCAUGACCAACUCUUUGCCAAACAUACCAGCUCUCUAAAACCCAUUAGCACUUGUACUACACCGUAUUCACUUUCUGAUGAAUCUGAACACCAUAGCAUGCCAAGGCAGUUUGGGGCGGUAUAACGAGUAACAGGCUGGGCGGUUUGGGGCGGUAUAAGGAGUAACAGGCUGGGUGGUUUAGGGCAGAACAGGGACUAAUAGGUCAAUGUCCAAAGCUUCAAACCAAAGCUUCUGUUCAAACGAUUAUGUUUUACAAAAUCAAUGUAUUCUGUUUCCUGCACUAAUCUAUUUUGAAGGCAAUGCAGAGCCUUAAUCAAGCCAUGGAGUUCCCCUACCACAUUCAGUUCAUGUAAUGGACGACCAUUAUCAGAUGUUCACUAAACCAUGUACUUCACAAAUCCAUGCAAGUUUUAUGUUUUUUAAGUUAAUGUAAAUAAAAUAAAAUAAAAGAAAGUUAAAAACUGAAA